AUGGCAACAUCAGCCUCGCCAGACCCUACACGGGACACACAAGACCACCCAAAUGAACGGACGAAAGAAGCAUAUGAAUCAACACAUCAUAAAGAGACAGAAACAAUAGGAGAUGCAUUUGCUCAUGAUCCAGAGAAAGGCAUCGGGAGCCGGUCAUCAUCAACAAAUUCAACACAUUCAAACGAGCAAACACUGCCGAACGCGAUGCAGGCACAAGAAGAACAAGAACAGGACCCCAACAUUGUAGACUGGGACGGUCCGGAUGACCCCAACAACCCUCAAAACUGGUCUGCGAAGAAGAAAUGGGCUACUGUUGCCGCCCUUGGCCUCGUCACACUGAUCACUCCAGUCGCAUCCUCCUUCUUUGCCCCCGGCGUACCGUACGUAAUGCGAGCAUUCCACGAGACAUCAAGGGUCCUGGCCGCAUUUGUCGUCUCAGUAUACAUUCUAGGCUUCGCCGUCGGACCCCUAAUUAUCGCGCCCAUGUCCGAACUCUACGGCCGCAUGCCUCUCUACAACAUCUGCGGUGUAUUCUUCGUCAUCUUCAACGUUGCUUGCGCCGUCUCCGACUCAAUGGGCAUGCUCAUCGCCUUCCGCUUCUUCGCCGGGUGCGCAGGCUCUGGGCCCUUGACACUCGGCGGCGGCACAAUCGCAGACAUGUUCCCCGUCGAGCAGCGUGCAGGCGCAAUGACAAUCUGGGUCAUAGGUCCCCUUCUCGGACCCGUUGUCGGUCCCAUCGCGGGAGGCUUCCUCGUCGAAAACGCCGUCUGGCGCUGGGUUUACUGGAUCCUGGCCAUCGCCGGCGGCGCCUCUGGCCUCCUCUUCCUCGUCUUCGGCCGUGAAACCUACGCCCCCGUCCUCCUCGCCCGCAAAACCAAAUCCCUCAUCAAAUCAACGGGAAAUCCCAAUCUCCGCUCGAAACUAGCAAAGGACCUUCCCCCCCGUGAAAUCCUCACCCGCGCUAUUGUCCGGCCGAUCAAGAUGCUCUUCCUCUCCCCCAUCAUCCUACUAAUGUGUCUCUACAUCUCCGUCAACUAUGGUAUUCUCUACCUCUUCUUCACAACAAUCACCUUCGUCUUCCAAGGUCAAUACCGCUUCUCCUCGGGCUCCGUGGGUCUCGCCUACCUAGGCAUCGGCGUGGGUAUGGUCUUCGGACUCGUGCUAGUUGGCUCAUACUCCGACCGCUACAUCAAGCAGAAGCAGCAAACACAUGGCAAAGCGAAGCCUGAGCAUCGUCUCCCACUUCUUCUGACUCUGCCCGGUGCUAUUGGCAUGCCCAUCGGCAUCUUCAUCUACGGAUGGACGACGAAGAACGAGGUGCACUGGAUUGUUCCUAUUAUGGCUAUGGCGCCGGUGGGACUGGGCAGUCUUACGUCGAUGAUGACUAUUCAGACAUAUCUUGUAGAUGCGUUUACGAUACAUGCUGCGUCGGUUAUUGCAGCCAAUACGGUGCUCAGGUCGCUUUUUGGAGCGUUCCUGCCACUUGCGGGACUGCCUAUGUUUGAUUCGAUGGGGCUGGGCUGGGGUAAUACGUUGCUGGGAUUUAUCGGUGUGGCGUUUAUACCUGUACCGGUGCUGUUUAGGUAUUAUGGAGAGAGGAUCAGGACGAACCCCAAGUUUCGGUUGGAGUUCUAG